GCGGCGCUCCCGGCCUGCGCGGUGCGUCUCGGGCGCGGGCCUCGCUCCUCCGUCCUGCUCCGGCCUCCACCACGGCGAGCCCGGGCGCGGCGGCGGGGAGAGAUGAGCAGCAACAGCAGUAAGAGAGCCCCCACCACCGCAACGCAGAGGCUGAAGCAGGACUACCUUCGGAUUAAGAAGGACCCAGUGCCUUACAUCUGUGCUGAGCCCCUCCCUUCCAACAUCCUCGAGUGGCACUAUGUGGUCCGAGGCCCUGAGCUGACUCCUUAUGAAGGUGGCUAUUAUCAUGGAAAAUUAAUUUUCCCCAGAGAAUUUCCUUUUAAACCUCCUAGUAUUUAUAUGAUAACUCCCAAUGGAAGAUUUAAGUGCAAUACGAGGCUGUGUCUUUCCAUCACGGAUUUCCACCCUGACACGUGGAACCCAGCCUGGUCUGUCUCCACCAUCCUGACUGGACUCCUCAGCUUCAUGGUGGAGAAGGGGCCAACCCUGGGCAGUAUAGAGACCUCGGACUUCACGAAAAGACAAUUGGCUGCACAGAGUUUAGCAUUUAACUUAAAAGACAAAGUCUUCUGUGAGCUGUUUCCCGAAGUUGUGGAGGAAAUCAAACAGAAACAGAAGGCGCAAGACGAGCUCAGCAAUAGACCUCAGACUCUCCCCUUGCCAGACGUGGUGCCAGAUGGGGAGACUCACCACGGCCAGAAUGGGCUCCCGCUGCUCGACGGGCACGUGCCAGGAGCCGGGCCCAACAUCGCGGGCCUCCAGCAGGCCAACCGGCACCACGGACUCCUGGGUGGCGCCCUGGCGAACUUGUUUGUUAUAGUUGGGUUUGCAGCCUUUGCCUACACAGUCAAAUACGUCCUGAGAAGCAUCGCCCAGGAGUGAGCCACACAGCCAUCACCGGCAGAGGCAGAGACGAGGGACACCAGCCCCACGUUGGAGGUGGGCUGGCACGUUCAGGGCGCACUCCCCUGACUCCUGGGCGCAGCUCUUUAGAGACCUUUAAGGGAAACAAAAUCCAAGUGGGUAGUUUGGAGUUGGAGGUGUGAGAUCCCAUCCUCUGCCCUGGAGCCUGGGGCCCCUCACAGCACAGCCCUCCUCCUUGAGGAGGGACUCACGCCUGGGUGUUCUCGCUUCCCUCCUGUAUUGUCCUUUGGGCCUGUUUUAGUAAACCUGUUUGUCAUUUUA